CCCCCCUUUCCUUACUCUCCACUGUUUUCCUACUUUGUGGAUUGAGUACGACAGCUGCCAAUGUUUAGUUCAUCUUUGUGAAGUUGGAGCAAAAUUGAAGGCAUGCCGCUGGCUCGCAGCCUUUCCGUCACGUCCCUUUCAGGACUUGAGGAAUGGGAUGAGGAGUUUGAUCUGGAAGAUGCUAUUCUUUUUGAAAUUGCUUGGGAAGUCGCCAACAAAGUUGGCGGCAUCUACACCGUCAUCCAGACCAAAGCCCGUCUGACCGCAGAGGAAUGGGGUGAGAACUAUUUCCUCGUGGGUCCCUAUGUAGAGAGCAAUGUGCGCACUCAAGUGGAGCUGAUUGAACCCACCAACCCAGUGCUGAAGCGUACCAUUGACAAAAUGAACUCCAGUGGGUGUAAGGUUUACUUUGGUCGCUGGCUCAUUGAAGGCAGCCCCUAUGUAGUUCUGAUUGAUGUUGGAUUCACCGCUUGGUCUCUGGACCGCUGGAAGAGCGAGCUUUGGGAGCUUUGUGACAUUGGUGUGCCGUGGUUCGACCGCGAGGCCAAUGAUGCUGUGCUAUUUGGCUUCUUGACAGCCUGGCUUCUGGGAGAGUAUGCAGCACAGAGUGAGGAACCUCCACAUGUCGUGGCCCAUUUCCACGAGUGGCUGGCUGGCCUGGGCCUGGUGUUGUGUAGACAGAGACAGCUGCCUGUAGCAACCAUCUUUACUACUCAUGCCACACUCCUGGGACGUUACCUAUGUGCUGGAAGUGUGGACUUCUAUAACAACCUUGCACAAUUCAACUUAGAUAAGGAAGCUGGUGAUCGACAAAUCUACCAUCGCUACUGUUUGGAGCGUGCUGCUGCACAUUGUGCCCACGUCUUCACCACAGUGUCGCAAAUCACAGCUAUUGAAGCAGAGCAUCUGCUCAAAAGGAAACCAGACAUCGUCACUCCCAACGGACUCAAUGUGAAGAAGUUCUCAGCUAUGCACGAGUUUCAAAACCUCCAUGCUCAGAGCAAGAAUAGGAUCCAGGAGUUCGUCAGAGGGCACUUUUACGGGCACCUUGACUUCAACCUGGACAAGUGUUUGUUCCUCUUCAUUGCUGGAAGGUACGAAUUCUCCAACAAAGGUGCUGACAUCUUCCUAGAGGCUUUAGCCAGACUCAACUAUCUACUGAGAGUCAACCACAGUGAUGCGACUGUUAUAGCUUUUUUCAUCAUGCCAGCACGAACAAACAACUUCAAUGUGGAGACCUUGAAGGGCCAAGCAGUCAGGAAGCAACUCUGGGAUACUGCUCAGACUGUGAAAGAGCGCUUCGGGAAGAAACUUUAUGAGUCACUCCUUGUUGGGCAGCUGCCAGAUGUAUCAAAGAUGCUGGACAAAGAGGAUUUCACUAUAAUGAAGCGUGCCAUCUUUGCGACUCAGAGACAAUGCCAGCCUCCAAUCUGCACCCAUAACAUGCUGGAGGACAGCAGCGAUCCGAUCCUUAACUGUGUCCGUCGUAUCGGCCUUUUCAACAGCUCUGCUGACCGUGUUAAGAUCAUCUUCCAUCCAGAGUUCCUUUCAUCCACUUCUCCUCUGCUUCCAAUGGAUUAUGAGGAGUUUGUAAGAGGUUGCCAUCUUGGCGUCUUCCCUUCCUACUAUGAACCUUGGGGCUAUACACCAGCUGAGUGCACUGUUAUGGGAAUUCCAUCAAUCUCAACUAACCUGUCGGGCUUUGGUUGUUUCAUGGAGGAACACAUAGCGGACCCUUCAGCAUAUGGUAUUUACAUCCUGGACCGACGGUACCGUGGGGUUGAUGAAUCCUGUAACCAGCUCACCUCCUUCCUGUUCCAGUUCUGCAAGCAGAGCCGGCGUCAGCGGAUUAUCCAGAGGAAUCGAACUGAGCGCCUGAGUGAUCUCCUGGACUGGAGGUACCUCGGCAGGUACUACAUAGCUGCUCGCCACAUGGCCCUGGCUAAAGCCUUCCCUGACACCUACAUAUAUGAACCUCAUGACCCCACCUCUACUACAGGUUUCCGUUACCCCCGACCAGCCUCUGUGCCACCGUCUCCGGCUCUGUCCCGCCACUCCUCCCCACGCCACAGUGAGGCUGAAGACAAUGAUGAAGACGAGCGCUAUGAUGAAGAUCUGGAGGCAGAAAAGGACCGAGUGAACAUCCGCCAGCCCUACUCCUUGCCGUUCAAGAACAAAACCCCUGCUGUUCUGGGAGCCAAUGGGAAUGGCGAUGGUGUCACAAGCGACAAAAACUGAGGCAGACCUACAUACGUACAGUACAUGCUGAACCUCACAAGUGAAACUUUAUCUGUUGCAAUCAUUACUCACUUAUGUACUACAACAUAACAGAGUGCAGCUGUGUGAACGCCUGUGAUGAAUCUAGUUUAAGCUUGUUGUGAAAAAUUGCAUCACUGUCUGUGUCUUCCCAACCUGUACCUCAGAAAUUCUAAGAAUAUCAGCAAGUUGGUAUGUUUUGGUAUUGUUUCAAUUACACCAGCAGUUCAACCAGUGAUAUGCUUCAAAGAGUAAGUGCAGUGACUCGAAUGCUAAAUGCCAGCUCAUCAUGGAGGGGUGGGGGGGGAUCAGUAUUGCUGUAGUGUACUAACACUGGAUAAUAUAGGUCUAAAGUGUUUUUGAAAUAACUAAGGUUUAUUUAGUCUCGGCAGGUAGGUUUUAUACUUGAUUCAAAGGUGGGUCAGAGCAGGGAAAACAACAUAACCCUCCUUUUUUUAACCAGCUUGUCAUUAGCAAGUUUUUUUCCUGGGAAAAGACCUGUGCAAAGACAUAAGACUCGUUUUCCACUUGUUGUGAACAGCACUUGAAAUUCAGCCGUUCACCCUGUAGCUUUCUUCCAAAUGCCUUGUUUACUACAAAACCUCCCAGACUGGAAAUGAAAUGUAGAGGACACACUUGCAGAAUAACAAAGCAUCUGAAAUGGAAAAAGCUUUCAUUCUGAGAACGUCAGGUGUGUGCUUUUCAUUUUGUUUCUGUGCCUUAUUGCAUCAGUUUUUCAGCAACGAUUACUGAUGAACAACCUUAUACACCUUUAUUUGUCAAUGUGUGCUUAAGUGAAAAUGGCUGAUCAUUGAUUCCCUCAUCUCUGGAAGAAUUUGUGAAAGGAAAUGUUUAAAGAGAGGAGGGAAAAUAAGGGUCUUACUUAGAUGGUUAUUAAAUUUUUAAGUGGAAAAUUAAAGAUGAAGGGCUUGAAAGGGAGCUGAGGUAUGCUUUGAUGAUUUGCUUCUCUUUGAAAGAAGAAAAACGGUUUUACCAGGCAUAUACUCUCACUAUCACUCCACUGUCAGAGUUAUAUUGUUUGUUACAAUCGUGCACCAGGUGAACUUAUAAUAAAGUUGAAAAACGUA